UAAGUAAAUUAUUCCCAUUCAUUUCUGAGGGGAAAAUGGCAAGGUCUAGUGCAAGACAUAUAGGUUUUUCUACAGAAGCACUGAAAGAUAAUAUCUUGGCUUAGAGCUUGAGAUUUACAGAUGCUUGACACUGAGAUUUUAAAUCACUCCAGUUCAUUUAAACAAAUAAAAGCGAAUUUUAAAGUUAAACACUACAGGGUUUGCUUUGGAUUGCAGUGUAAGCUAACACACCAACCCAAACACUAAAAAUUUAUGAACAAUGAUGUUGUAAUAACAGCAAAGAAGACAUCUGACCUUGACUGUCUGGAUUAUGUAAAGAUAAGGUGUUGAAGAAAAAGUUUUGCAUUGACUGAGCCAUCCUGAACAAACAUGGCAGGACAAUCUGGUCUCAAGAUGAUGGCCAAAACAACCAGAGAUGAGGACGGUGUCACUUUCAUGCAUAAAAAUGGGUCUAUCUGAAGAAUAUAUUGCUCAAAGAACUUAAGACAUUACGUAUGAGAAACUGGAGUCAUUAUUCUUUAAAGAUGAUUUGCAGCAGCUUUCAUAGACUGUUAAUAUGACGUAAAUGUUUGCAAGGCCUCACCAUGGAGAAAGCAGAUGUUAUUGCCUCAUGCUAAAUGUAUAAUGUACUGUUGAGAUUAUGUGCAGAGGGAUUUGAAAUAACUGGUAAACAACAUACUUAAAUGUGACGAACAUUGAUGGACAAAUAUAGUGGGUAGACCAAUGAAAAAUGUUGGCAGAAGCGUUCUGUUAAGUAAAGCCCUAGAGAUCUUCACACAAAAACGCUAAACUUGUAGCCAGUUGAACAGUGUAGACUAACUUAAAAAUGUUUUUCCCAUUCCAAAAAACCUGUCAUACUGGUUUAGUAUCUCAUCGAACCCUUCCUUGUUGAGCAUAGUUGUUUUAGCAAAGCAAAAGACCGGACCUAACUACACUUGGUGUUUCUAAAUGUACUGACCGCAAGUUGCAUAAUGAAAUUAACCAAGACAAAACCAAACUGGCUCCUUACACUGAUUCUGACAUUUCACAUCAUAUCUGCACAAAUAGAAGCUUCUCAUGGUGAUGAUGACGUGAGAAUCCUGAUUGUGGGAAUCCGAGGUGACUCCAGAUUCAGCGCUGCAGAUAUUCUGUCAGGAAGGACAGACGGUGGACAGGAGGACAGAGAGAUUGUAAAGACUCCAGUAAUUACAGACGAGGGUCGUAGAAUGAUGCUGGUCACUGGACCAAACCUCUGUGAGGAGGACACAGCGAGACAGAGCUUCACAACAGCGCUGUUCCUCUCGUCUCCUGGACCUCACGUCGUUUUAAUGGUCCUGAAUCUGGAAGAUGAAGAAUCAGAACAGUGUGAUGUUGUGAAACGAGCCCAGGAGCUGCUGGGAGCAGAAGUUCUGCAGUACUGCAUUGUUCUUCUGCACCAGGAACGUUUCACAGGAGCGUCCAGAGGGAUCGCUGGAGAAAUGAUCGACGCAUGUGGAGGCAGAUUUCACAUGAUAAGAGACUCUGAACCUGAUCAAACAGCAGCUCUCGUAGCGGAAAUAGACAAGCUAGUUUGGCUCAAUGGAGACGGAUUUUACUCAGUAUUGAGACAAGAGUUAAAAACAGAAGAGAUGAGUGAAGAUGUGCAUGAAGAGAUUCAACUCUUGUCUGUAAUAUAUGAUGCUUUAGGAGGAGCAGCUGGAAUUAUAGCAUGGAUUUUCCUCGUUUCACUUACCGUACUUGGUGUUUACAUUGAAGGAGGGAACAAAAUCUUGAUUUUCAGGGCAGCAUUUACUUUACCUACAUUGUUUAUGAUCUAUCUAAGACAUUUUCUGAGUCCAGAUGUUGCUGUACCGCUAAAUUUGGCCCUGAUGACAUCACUAGCAGCUGUAUUUACAAUAGAGCCCAUACUAAUCAAUAAAUUUAACACAAGUCGAGACACAUCAAACUCAUCAAAAUAUAUUGGUGCAGCAGCAAUACUAAGUUUCCCAUUUCUUCAGGGUUCAGCUCUAGUUUUGGGAACACUUAUCAGCAUCAGGUCGUGGUCAGAUGUGCUCAUAGCGUGUCACACGGCUCCUGGAGUCACAGUCGGGGCUUAUGCAUUCAUAUUUCAACAUGAAAAGAUUAGUGAUGAAUCUCUAGUCUUUGUGCUUGGGUCAUUUCUGUUUUGCGCCGUUGGGGCGACACUCUCAAUGGGGUUUGUGACUGUGUUUGCUUUGCUUGGUAUGAAUAUGACAAUAAUGCUGCUAAUAUCAGGACUUACAAUGGCAUAUUGGCAUUUAAAGAGUGAAACUCUACAUAAUGUGAUCGGUUUAUCUGUUCUUACACUGUUUUUUUCAUGUGGUUGUGUUCUCAUUGGUUCAGUCUUUCUUAUUUUAGGGCUGAUGAUGAGUUUUCUUAAAGUACUUAUAGAAAGCUUGGUCAGUUCUUAUUUGUUUUAUGUUGCAUUACUGUUAAUAGUAAUGUGGAGAAGGCAGACUGCAUCAGUUCAAGUCACAAACAGACACUAAAUCAAUCAUAAUCAGAACUUUCUAAAAUCCUACUGUAGCACUAGCAGUAAUAUGAGACAGAGAUGGUAAUACUGUGGUUUACCUGGGUACUGAUUGACCCUUCUCAAAGACCCGUCCCCCUUAGUUAUUGUUGCUUUGUCCGACAAGUCAUGGCGCUGUCAUGCCACACAGAGUGAA